CUCCAGCUUCUAUUUCCUGGUCGCUUCCUGUAUUUUUUCAUGUCUGUCUGUUUGAACGUAGCUGACACCUUUCGUCCAAUGAUAUUAGUCCACAUGCAGCGCAGGAAGAGGGGCAGCAGUGAGGCACUUUGAUAAAACCAGACUGUCAGCAUCGUGUGAAGCCACAGAGAAGCUGCGCCACGGUGAGGCAGGGCAAGGCACGGUAGCACAGAAGACUGGACCGGGUGAAUGCAGUCCUCAACACGGUACACUGCUGCAGACAGUUUUUCAUCAUUUUUGGAGAUACGAGGACGCCCCGAGUAAUCUUCACCCCAAAAAGAGAAGAGGAAUUUGACCCAAGACAACAUUUUUGUUCGGUAAUCCGCGGCAAGAAGAUCAGGAACCAGGGGGGGGACACGGUAACCGCGGUCAAUAGCUGUCGAUAGCUAUCCGAGUGUGAAUGCUCAGUUCUCAGUUGACAAACUCCUUCUUCCUCUAAAAGUAUUGACAGUUUUCUAAGAACCAGAAGGUACCAUACGGCAGUAUUUGUGUAAAGCUGUGUGGGAAGGAGCCGUCUGUCCACCAUGGAGAACGCUCACACGAAGAGUGUGGAAGAAGUUUACACUUAUUUCUGCGUCAAUGAGAGCACAGGACUUUCCCUGGACGAGGUGAAGCGUCAGAGGGAGAAAUGGGGCCUAAACGAGUUACCAGCAGAGGAAGGGAAAUCUUUGUGGGAGCUUGUCCUUGAACAGUUUGAAGAUUUACUUGUUCGAAUUCUUCUGCUGGCUGCAUGUAUAUCUUUUGUCCUGGCUUGGUUUGAGGAGGGAGAAGAAACUAUUACUGCAUUUGUGGAACCUUUUGUAAUUUUACUCAUUCUUAUAGCCAAUGCCAUCGUUGGUGUGUGGCAGGAACGCAAUGCUGAGGAUGCCAUUGAGGCACUUAAGGAGUAUGAGCCUGAGAUGGGAAAAGUGUACCGACAGGACAGAAAAACUGUGCAGAGGAUCAAGGCUAGAGACAUCGUGCCUGGUGACAUCGUAGAGGUUGCUGUUGGAGACAAGGUCCCUGCAGACAUUCGCAUCUGUUCAAUCAAAUCAACAACUCUGAGGGUUGACCAGUCCAUCUUGACCGGUGAGUCUGUCUCUGUCAUCAAACACACCGACCCUGUGCCCGACCCUCGUGCUGUCAAUCAGGAUAAGAAGAACAUGCUUUUCUCUGGUACUAACAUCGCAGCUGGAAAGGCCGUGGGUGUGGUUGUGUCCACUGGCGUUAACACAGAGAUCGGUAAGAUUCGUGAUGAGAUGGCGGCCACCGAGCAAGAGAAGACACCCCUGCAGCAGAAGCUCGAUGAGUUUGGCGAGCAGCUGUCCAAGGUCAUAUCCCUCAUCUGCAUCGCUGUGUGGAUCAUCAACAUUGGCCACUUCAACGACCCCGUCCAUGGAGGCUCCUGGAUACGCGGGGCUGUCUACUACUUCAAGAUCGCCGUGGCGCUGGCUGUAGCUGCCAUCCCUGAGGGUCUCCCCGCUGUCAUCACCACCUGCCUGGCCCUGGGCACUCGUCGCAUGGCCAAGAAGAAUGCCAUCGUCCGCAGCCUGCCAUCUGUAGAGACCCUGGGCUGCACCUCUGUCAUCUGCUCUGACAAGACAGGAACCCUGACCACCAACCAGAUGUCUGUCUGCAGAAUGUUUGUUAUCAACAAAGCUGAAGGUAACAGCUGCUCUCUAUCAGAGUUCACCAUCACAGGUUCUACCUACGCACCUGAAGGAGAAGUGUAUCAGGAUGGUAAAAUGGUGAAGUGCACAGAGAAUGAUGCCCUGGUUGAGUUGGCUACCAUCUGUGCCCUGUGUAAUGACUCCUCUCUGGACUUCAACGAGGUGAAGGGAGUGUACGAGAAGGUUGGUGAAGCCACGGAGACUGCGCUGACCUGUCUGGUGGAAAAGAUGAACGUGUUCAACACUGAAGUCCACAACCUGUCCAAGAUUGACAGAGCUAACGCCUGCAACUCAGUCAUUAAGCAGCUGAUGAAGAAGGAGUUCACCCUGGAGUUCUCCAGAGACAGGAAGUCCAUGUCUGUCUACUGCACCCCCAACAAUCGUUCCACCAUGAGCAAGAUGUUUGUCAAGGGGGCCCCGGAGGGAGUUAUUGACAGAUGCACUCAUGUCAGAGUUGGCAACAGCAAAGUUCCCCUCAGCAAAGCUGUCAAGGAAAAAAUCAUGUCUGUGAUCCGUGAGUACGGCACAGGUCAUGAUACCCUAAGGUGCCUGGCUCUGGCCACAAGGGACAGCCCGCCAAAAAUGGAGGACAUGAACCUGUCUGAUACUUCCAAAUUCGCUGAGUACGAAUCUGACCUGACCUUCGUCGGCUGUGUCGGCAUGCUGGACCCUCCCAGACAGGAAGUGGCAGCAUCCAUCGGACUGUGCCGCCAAGCCGGUAUCCGAGUCAUCAUGAUCACUGGGGACAACAAGGGCACAGCUGUGGCUAUCUGCCGUCGCAUUGGCAUCCUGACCGAGGAGGAUGAUGUGGAACGCAUGGCCUUCACCGGACGAGAGUUUGACGAACUUUCGCCCUACGCUCAGCGUGAAGCUGUGACUCACGCUCGCUGUUUCGCAAGGGUCGAGCCUUCCCACAAGUCCAAGAUCGUUGAGUUUCUGCAGGGAUUUGACGAGAUCACUGCUAUGACAGGUGAUGGAGUGAACGAUGCCCCCGCCUUAAAGAAGGCUGAGAUUGGCAUCGCCAUGGGCUCUGGCACUGCCGUGGCCAAGUCAGCCUCUGAGAUGGUCCUUGCUGAUGACAACUUUUCCUCCAUUGUUGCCGCUGUGGAAGAAGGCAGAGCUAUUUACAAUAACAUGAAGCAGUUCAUCAGAUACCUUAUCUCCUCCAAUGUGGGUGAGGUUGUCUGCAUCUUCCUUACUGCGGCGCUGGGCUUUCCCGAGGCUCUGAUCCCAGUUCAGCUGCUCUGGGUCAACCUGGUGACUGACGGCCUCCCUGCCACCGCCCUGGGCUUCAACCCCCCAGAUCUGGACAUCAUGGAGAAGCCUCCUCGUAACGCUAAGGAGCCCCUGAUUUCUGGCUGGCUCUUCUUCAGAUACCUGGCCAUUGGAGGUUAUGUGGGCGCAGCUACAGUGGGAGCUGCUGCCUGGUGGUUUACUCUCUCUGAAGAUGGACCUCAGAUCACUCUGUACCAGCUGAGCCACUUCCUCCAGUGCGGCCCAGACAACCCAGAGUUUGAUGGCCUGGACUGCCACGUUUUUGAGUCGCCCUACCCAAUGACCAUGGCUCUGUCUGUGCUCGUCACCAUUGAGAUGUGCAAUGCUCUCAACAGUCUGUCGGAGAACCAGUCUCUGCUGCGGAUGCCUCCCUGGGAGAACAUUUGGCUCCUGGGGGCCAUCUGCCUCUCCAUGUCCCUCCACUUCCUCAUCCUCUAUGUGGAACCUCUACCUGUCAUCUUCCAGAUCACCCCUCUGGAUACAACCCAGUGGAUGAUGGUGCUGAAGAUCUCCCUGCCCGUCAUCCUGCUGGAUGAGCUGCUUAAGUUUUUAGCCAGGAACUACUUGGACUUUGGUAAACAGCUGGAGAAGCCGGCCGGCAAAGGCUGCUCUCUGUCUGCAUGUGCCCAGGGCAUCUCCUGGCCCUUUGUGGCCAUCUCCCUGCCCCUGGUGCUGUGGAUCUACAGCACCGACACUAACGUGUCCGCCAUGUUGUGGUCCUGACUGACUCCAGUACACUACCCUCCCUGUGCACCAGUGUGAAGUGGACAUUAACACACACAUCUAACACAGUUACAUUAACUCGGAACAACUAAGAGUCAACACUUGCACCUGCUCUGACAGUCUGUCUGCUGUCAGAUCUUUUGUAUUCAGGACAUUUUCACAGAUACAUGUUUUUGGGAGGGAGGCUGAGGGUUUGCCAUAUUUUAAGGACUUUGACUGACAUUAUGUCUAUGCGUUUUAUAAUACCAUCAUGCUUUUCUCUCUUUUGAUCCCCUGUUUUGAACAGUUGGAGACAGUCUGAGCUGUGUGUUGAGCUGUACAGAGAACUUUCACUAUUUUAUAAGAAUUAAUAUUUUGUAAUUUUUGGGUAGGGCUGUGGGGAGCAGGAUGCUGGGUGCGAAGGACCGUAUAGUGCAGUAACUAAUUUUGGGGUAAAGACUUGCCCCUGCAUGAAUUUCUCUAUAGUCAUUUUUGAGCUCCAUGCAUAAUCAGUCAUUAUUUUCUGCAGUAGGCAGAGCACAGCUACCUCAAUGCUGUUAAUAUGACCAUUUCUACUCAAUUGUCUUAACAACCAUUUCAUAGAUUAUCAUUUGAAGUGUUGAGGUAAGCACCAAUUUGUUUUGCAGUAUAGACGAAACCCUCACGCACAUUUUUAAUGUUUCUUUUGAAUCCGUCUGUGUUAAAGGAGGGAAGAGAGGACAAGGAUGCGUUACCAGUUUGAUUCAGAGCAAUCUUUCAUAAAGCCUGUUAAAUUUAUUUACUUGAAAAAACUCAUCUAUCUUGAUCGUGUUUUUUAAGUUUGAUUUUUUUUGUUGUUUUUUUUUAAUUCGGUCUCAACAUUCAGUCUCAAUUUUGGAUCUUGGCUUCAGUAAUCUUUCUUAUGUAUGUAUUAUGUGCACAUACUGUACUUGAAUAUGUAAAAGAAGCUGUUAGUCUUAUCAGCUGAGCACAACAUUGACGACCGGUCUGUAUAUCUGUACAUAGCACACACUAGUAUUUCUGUGUAGGCUUUAGUUGUUGUUGUUACAUACAUUUACACUAGUUUACUUCAGCGUGGUCUUAGCUGUUCUGCAUGCGUUCUCCAAUAAUACCAGGUCAGUGAGUGCUGUUGAGUUUUUUUAGCCGUAAAGCUAACUGUUGUUUCUUCUAACGCCCUCCUCGUUUACCUGCAGAGUGAGUACUUUACGACCUGCAUGCCAGCUAGCGUUCUCUCAUCUGUACAUGGUUACACUUGCAGCUCAUUGCUCAUACGAGAAUGACAGCUCCUCAUAUUUUCUGAUAGGACUAGCAGGUUUUUUUUUUUUUUUUUAAAUACACUUUUAAUGGUACAAGAGUAAGAAAACUAAGGCGUUUGAGAAUGUGUUUGAAAACGCCUUUGAUGUCCCUAAGUGUCAGAUCACACACAGUAUAAAUAGGAGCCUUUUGUAUGUGAAACUGGCACAGUAUAACUGGUGCCAGUUAUUUUUGACUGUAGACUGGCAGCAUAUUUUGACAUUUGCCAGACACUGACAUUUAGGUGCCCCAACACCAGUAUAGGACACAGUGUUAUUGUUUUGUUUAUUUAUACAUUUCUUUUUAAUUGCAUUGUCUUGUGACCUAAUCCCCUGCUUCACCAUAGCAUGGCCUUAAUAUAUUUGCUCUUUUUUUAUGAAAACAAAUACUGAUACGUUUAAAUUAUUUGCUGCUCGGAUGCUUUUACUCAGAUGUCCACUGACAUGAUUCUUCCUCUUCUCUUUUUCUUUUCAGCAAAGUCCAAGUAAGCCCACCUCUACUCUAAAUUCCUUGCUGAAUUUUGGUUUUGUUUUGUUGUGCAUGUGUGUUUUGGGCAGCACAUCUUACAAGAGCUGCAUGUCAGUUAAGUAAAUUUGAAGAAGGAGGGUCAUAAAGUUCAUCCAUCCUUUUUAUAGAAUGGCCAUAAAUAAAUGUCGAUGAAAACUAGCCAAUCCCACCUCAGCAGUCCUUCCAUCGUCCUGCAUGAAGAGCCUUAGAUCAUGAUACAGUUCUCCUGCCAUCUACCGAGACGUGUAUCUUAGUACCGUGUACAGUAAAAUGUACUAUAUUCCAUGGUGCAUGUCCGCUGAAUUUAGCCAUCCUCUUUACCAGACUUGUGUAAUAGACAAUGUAUAGUACUAAUAAACAGAAUAGAUGUUCAUCAGAUAGUGCAAAUGUUAAAUAAGCUCAAAAAAACAGUUCAUCUUUCCUAAGGAAAUACUUUUAUGGGAUAUUUAAAAAACCAAACAGCCUUUUUCUUUUUUGCUUUGCACUGAGAUGUGCAACAUGUUUGGAGCAGAUUUUGCCAUAUCUGGAAAGGCGGACGUGCAGCGGUGCAUACGUUUUACCAUGAGAACGGCGGGCAGUCCCUCCACUGGCAUUUUUUAGCGAACUGCUGUACUGUAUUUUCAGAGAUGAUUGUACAAUGUAUCACAUGAACUUGGGUUUCAGGUAAAUAAAACUGUCAUGUGAAGAGUUUA